AUGUCUCUCAGUCACGACUUGGAGAAGAAGCUACCGGUGGACACCACCUCCGCUAUCCUGCGCGACACAGAUUCAGACAACGGAGCAACACAGCAGACCACCAUCUAUAUCGACCCCGAGAAAGAAAAGGCUCUGUACAGAAAGCUCGACAGAUAUGUCUUGCCGGCCUCUUUCGUCUUCAUGGUGCUGUGCGCCUUGGACAGGAACAACCUAGGCAACGCUCGCGUCUUCGGCUUUGACGAGGACCUCGGCCUCCAAGGUCGCCAAUUCGGCAACAUCAACACCUUCUCCAGUCUCGCCACCAUGCUCUUUGAAAUUCCAUGGGUGCUUGCCGUGCGCCGCUUUGGUGCCAACGCUGCUCUCGGCUCCGCUUUUGCCAUCUGGAGCGCCGCCACUCUCGGCACGGCGUUCAUCCAGAACUACGCUCAAGCAGUCAUCUGUCGCAUGCUCGUCAAUGCUGCUGGCGGUGGUCUCGAGCAAGGCUUCGCAUUUCUCUUCUCGACCAUGUACCCACGCCACCUAGCCGGCCGCAGGAUCAUCACCAACAACUUGUCCAUGUGUGUCUCCGGCGCCUUUGGCGGUCUCUUCGCCUGGGCCAUCCAACAGAUGGGAGACAAGGCCGGCCUGGCGGCAUGGAGAUGGUUGUUCAUCAUCGAGUUCCUCAUCACCAUCGUCGUCGGCGGAAUCUGCUGGUGCUUCCUGCCCAAGACGGCAGAGACCGCAUGGUUCCUCAACGCCGAGGAAAAAGAGACGAUGUGUCUGCGUAAGCAGCGCGAUAUCAUGUUCCGGGGUGAAGACAAAAUGGACCGCAAGUGGAUCCGCCCAGCACUUACAGAGCCGUUUGUUUACAUGCUGGGCAUCGCCUUCUUCACCAGCAGCGUGAGCGUCAACGGCUUCAACAUCUUCCUGCCGACUAUCCUGCUGGGCAUGGGCUACGCGAACCUCCACGUCAACUACAUGACAAUCCCGGUCUACGUCGUCGGCGCCAUCUCCCUCAUCACCGUCGUCUUCCUCUCCGACCGAUUCAAGCGCCGCGGCGCCUUCAUCAUCGGCUGCUGCAUCUCUCCCGUGAUCGGCUACCUCAUCGCCGUCGGCACCCCCAACCAGCACGCCGGCUACGCAGCCAUGUUCAUCCUCGUCCUCGGCAUCUACCCCAUCUCCACCCUCGCCGUGACCUGGGCCGCCGGCACGCUCGCGCCCGACGACAAGCGCGCCAUCGGCAUGCCCCUCGCCAGCUCCAUCGGCAACCUCUCCAACUUCGUCUCCUCCCAACUCUACCCGACCCAACAAGGGCCUAGGUAUCGCCAGGGCAACGGCGUGUCCGCGGGGCUGGUCGUCGUGGCGGCGGGCCUGUACGGUAGCAUUUGGUUCAUGUUGCGACGCAGGAAUUUGCAGAAGGAGAAGCUGAUCAGCGAGGGGGCGACUGAUAAUGGGAAGAUGGGUGAUCAGGCGCUGGGACAUGUUUAUAUCCUGUAA